GUACAAAGAAGGCUCGGGGCGCUCUUCGGUCUGGCCCUUGAGCAGCCUGCCCUCCAAUCUUCGCUCGCUCCUCGACCCCUUUCGAGCCCCUCCCUCACCGCCACCAUCCCCCGCCAUCAUUCAUUCGCUCGCGCAUUCUUUCAUCCUCUCGGUCACUUUUCGAAUUUGUCUCCGGACUCGCAUCGGACGCGAGGGCGACGAAGAAGAAGACGACCAGAGGAGAGGAGGAGAAGACGGUGGCGAGUGUGAGGACGAAGUGAGAGGAGGAGGAGGAGGAGGAGAAGGACGGAGAAACGUGCAGGACGAUUUUUACGAUCGAUUCGUGGGUUGAUGGAGUGAUCGGUUUAUUGUACAGCCGAAAGCCGAAAGAAGAAGAAGAAGAAGAAGCCGCAGCAGCAGCAGCACUUGCCAAAGCAGCAGCGGAAGCGAGGAAAGGAAGCGCAGCGGAGCCGAGAGGAGAAGUGAGGAGUGAGCGAGAGCGAUCGAUCUGUGGUCGCUUGAUUUUUGGAUUUGAGAGAGCUUGUUAGUUGAGUUGGUUCGCCUCGCCCUGUGUUGUAGGCGGCCGUGAUUCGAAUUGGGAUCUGGGGUGAUGGGUAAGAUGACAACGAGUAGGAAGAUGCCUUUUAGGUUGGGUGUAGUUGCGUGGAUUUGUGUGGUUUUGAGUUUUGUGAGCGUAGGAUGUGUGGUGGCCGAUGCCGGGGUGGAUUUGGAGAGCGAGGUGGACACAGGUCUUAGCAAGAGUGCACCUCUUUUGAAGGAGAUUGAUAGGUUGAAAGAGCUCGUGGGGGGUUUGGAGAAGUCUCUGAAGGAGAAGGAUGAGAGCCUGAAGGAGAAAUCGAUUCUCUUGGAGAAGAAAGAAGAGCAUAUCAAUGUCAUUGAUUCGGAGUUGCUGAGUUUGAAGGCCGAAAAGGGAUACAAGGAUACCCUGAGUAAGCUCGAGUCGGAGUUGGAGGCGGCUCUGGUGAAGGCCAAGGAGCUCGAAUCCAGUGUGUUGCAGGCUCAAAAGGAAUCGCAGGAAGCUGAGAAAAAUGUUAAAUCAUGGGAGAAGCGUGCCCUCGCUGCGGAGAAAAGCCUGAACGAUCUGGAAGCAAAGCACGAGGAAACCCACAAAUCCCUAUUGGAGCAAAGGAAACGCGCCCAGAGUGCGGAGCAGACCCUGAAGAUCGCGGAGGCGGCCAUGCUCGAGGCCGAGACCAAGGCUCACACGCGCACGAAGGAACUGCUCAAAGUCACCAAUCAAUGGCUGCCUCACUGGGCUUCUACUCGCGUUGGCCAGUUGCAGGCGAACGCAGUGACGAAGUGGAGAAGGCACGCUAAACCUCGCGUUGAAUUGCUCUUGAAAAGCGCUUCCCAGAAGGCAGCUGAAGCGCAGGAUUGGGCCAAACCCCACCUGGAGUCUGUGAAGAGCUCGGUAGUACCUGCCGCCCAGCAACACUGGAGAACUUUGGCCGACUCAUUGGGCCCUCAUGUACAAACCCUUCGAUCGAACACAUUGAAGGGUUACGAGGUGGUUAGGACGGAGUACUUGGGAAAAGCCCAGGAGUACGUGAAACCUCACGUAGACACAAUUGUAGAGGCUAGCCGCCCUUACGUGGGGAUGAUCCAGGAGCAUACACGCCCUUACGUGGAUCAAAUCUCGACCUUGACAAAGCCGUACUUGGAUCAAGCUCGCCAGAUUGUGAAUCCCUAUGUGGAGAAAGCGGCACCGUAUUACCGCGAUGCAGUUUCAGCAGCAGUAAGGCAUCAUAAGAACCUGCAAGAGACCGUGAGGUCCAAUCUGGCCAAACACGACCUGGGAAACUCUUUGGUUAGCCAGGAGUUGGUUUGGUUUCUGGCGUCUGCUUUGUUGGCACUUCCUGUGUUGACUUUGUUUCUGGCAUUUUCUUCCGCAUUCGCUGGGAAGAAGAAGCAGCCCAAGAGGAAAAGUACCGCCUCGGGUACUCAAGGCACAAAAAAGAGAAGUAAGAGGGACAAGUAGAAGAUCGGGCCGAGAACGGAACAUCAGUCGACUUCUGGACGAAGUGUAAGCCUCACUUCGUGAUCAAGUAAGAACGCUUGUGCUGUUUGGUCUGAGAGCUGUUUCGGGUGCCGGGCUCCUGUAACUAAAAUGUGAAUACCGACUCCAUUCGAUCUACUGAAGGUUCAACCGGCACAACUUAAUUUCACACCUGCCGCCCAUUCUUGAAGUCUCGAUGGGAGGUUUUGCAGCUGAGACUUUCGCAUAUCCGCUCUGAGAAACUCCAUGAACUUGCUGGAUUUACAAUGGAUGGUUGCGGAUAUAUUUUGCUGGUGGAUGUCCUCUCUUCAUGCGAGAGCGUAGAGAAAAGAAUUAUUGAAUAAUUAGUCAUCACAGACGAAUGAUUCGCUAUGGCUUUCUUUGUCAGAUUCAAGUGUAGUCUAGAAUUACAUUGAGCGGUCGAUUCGAUCUCUCAAUGGCCAGAAGGUUAUCAUCCCACGAUCUGUGACCUAUUUAUGAAUCAAGAUUUUACUUACAAGCA